UUGUUUUUUUUUUCUCCCUACUCUCUGACCGUGUGGAAGACUCUGGGUUUGUCAAGUAGAAUCCCAACGGCGGGUGAGGAAAUGUGUGAAAGUUCAAGAAAGAGUUCAUGAUCGCUCUCUCGGUGUAACUGCGUGUAUUCAAAAUUUUUGACAGAAAUUUACGAUUCAAGUUCCAUAAAUCUUCGUUGUGUGGAAAUUCCACGGAAAUGUUUCUGAAAAUCAAAUUGAAAAUUACACAUGAAAUUGAGGAGUGGGUGAGGAAUUAUUUUUUCAUCGAGGAAGUUUCAUUGUCGUUGAUUGAAAUGCGGGCAAGCUCAACGCUCCGAUGACCUACUCCUACACGAAAAGGAGAACGCCAUUUGUCGCUCCUUUCUCAAACGAACAGAAGUGAACAGAACUGAAGAGAACAACCAGUCGAGUUGUCCAGGGUUCAGUCGACGUCGACCGGUCACUCCGGCCGACUCUCACACGCCUGUCCCAUUUUCCUCCAAUUUUUCUCCUAAAAAGUGUACUUGAUGGAUCAUUAAAUCGAUUCUCUCCAGAGAUCAGCAUUUGAUUUAUUUAGGAUCGUAGAGGCGUCGUCAUGAGGAGUUUUCUUGGACUGGUGGUGCUGGGGUGUUUCAUGGUCAUCCAGGUUUCUUCCCAUGGACGUCUGAUUGAACCACCAUCGCGUGCUUCAAUGUGGCGAUAUGGUUUCGAUACCCCACAUGAUUAUAAUGAUCAUGAGGCAUAUUGUGGGGGAUUCACUCGGCAGUGGCAAAGGAACAAAGGGAAAUGUGGAAUUUGUGGAGAUCCUUGGGACUCUGAGAAGCCAAGAGCUCACGAAAUUGGUGGAACAUACGGUAAGAAUGUGAUAGUGAGGAAAUACAAAACCGGUGAUGUGAUCCCAGUGCGUGUAGAAUUAACUGCCAAUCAUUACGGUUAUUUUGAAUUUCGAAUUUGUCGAUUAACCGUUAGAAAUGAAGACGCGACACAAGAGUGUCUCGAUGAAAAUUUACUUAAUCAAGAGAACGGAACUGCUCGAUAUUACCCAGGACCAGGUAACAGGAUUUUCGAGAGUUUCUACAAAUUACCCAAAACCGUAACAUGCGCCCAGUGCGUAUUCCAGUGGAGGUACAUCGCUGGUAAUAAUUGGGGUGACUGUGGAAAUGGAACAGGCGCAGUUGGCUGUGGCCCACAGGAAGAAUUCCGUGGUUGUGCAGACAUAACAAUUGGCGACAACAUUGCACCACUCCCAACGCGUGCCCCAACCCCAUCAAAACGACCAACACCGACAAAAGCAAGACCAACAGACACUUCCACGUAUACUCCGGAAGCAUCAAACUAUUGGUUUCUCGGCUUUAUCAUUUCUGGAACGUGUCUUUUGGUCGUUCUGGCGAUAUUUUCUCUACUUUAUGCCUAUUACUAUCAUGCUGGAAGGGCCAAGCAGUGGCUGAUGGUCAGAAGACUCGUUUCGGAGAGUGGAAAUUCUUCUCUUGUGAGUCAACCACCGGUUGCACCACCCAGACACAAAAGACAGUCAUCGAUGAAUAAUCUACAUCUUCAACUCCCCGAUUGAUAAAUUCGUUGGAAAACAUGUUCCAUAGUUGGGUUUUCUGUAUAUAAAUCUCUCUUUUAUUUUAUUCCUUAUCUAUUUAAAUGUUUAUUAUCCCUAUAAUAAUUACAAGUAUGUUUUUCUGUUCUUGAAGUCUUAAUUAAGGUUCCAAGUGUAGUGUCCACCUGUCUUUCAUCAUUUAUCAUCUCUAUGCUCAUCACACAUCGAUUUUCAGUACGUAAUAUUGAUAAGAAUAAUAAAAACAUUGUUUUACGAUUUUUUACUCAAAA